AUGUAUUUAACUGCGCCCACAAGUACUAGCAUCAAGCCGGCUCGUCCAGGAGUAGAUUUUGUCGAGUCACGUGGUGCAGUUCUCUUCGAAGUGGGCCAACAACGUGCUCAGCUUGCAGUGGAGAUCCUCCCGGCUCUAGCAGACUCGGAUGCACUAACACAACGAGCUUUUGCAGUACAACUUGAAGCGUCAAUGAAUGCGUCCACGGCAAUACGUGCAUCAACCGAGAUCAUCGUGGCAUCUCCGUCAAAGAGCACAAACGUCGUACCUGCGUCGACUCUGGACUCGUACUAUUCGUAG